AUGGGAAGCAAAAGUCCGGCUCAAAAUGCCAUUUUGUUGGCGAACGACGAAACAGGCAAUAAAGGAGUUCAGAAUGCGGAUGAGCUGCGGUUAGCACAAAUGGGGCACAAGCAGGAGUUGAAGCGUCACUUUUCGGUAUGGAGCUUGGUUGGACUGGCUGCCAACUGUACAAUUUCCUGGACCGGACUUGGACUCGGCCUUAUCACUGCGAUUGAUGCUGGCGGCCCUGGUUCACUGAUCUACGGAUUUAUUCUUGUCUUCGUCCUCCAGGCUUUUCUUGCAAUUUCACUAGCAGAAUUCGUAUCUGCAUAUCCUGUCGAGGGUGGGAUGUACCACUGGAUCGCAGCUAUUGCUCCAAAACACUACAAUAGCAUCUUGAGUUUCGCAACUGGCUGGAGUACGGUGUUUGGAUGGAUAUUUACCACUGCAUCUACAAACUUGAUAUAUGCAACGAACUUUAUGGCCCUAAUAGCAUUGUACAAAACGGACCUAAUCAUACAGCCAUGGAUGACCUUCGUCGCGUAUCAAGUAUUUAAUAUCUUUACAUCAAGCAUUGUCAUGUUCGGGAACCGAUUUAUUCCGUUGAUCAACAAGUUCUCUCUAUGCUAUCUACAGCUAGCAUGGUUUGCUAUUAUGGUGACUGUUGCUGCUUCGACUCCAACACAUAAUGAUACCAAGUUCGUUUUCAAGACUUGGAUCAAUAACACUGGCUGGGAGAAUAAUGUGAUUUGUUUUAUCACAGGGCUUGUAAAUCCGUUAUACUCUCUUGGUGGUUUGGAUGGUAUCACGCAUGUCACCGAGGAAAUACCAAACCCCGGACGAAACGCUCCAAUCGCACUUGCCUCCUCAAUCACAAUAGCAUUUAUAACAGGUCUCUCCUACCUCCUAAGCCUGAUGUUCUCCGUGCAGGACUAUACAAACCUUGCAGACUCUCCAACCGGCCUUCCGCUGGCUGAGAUAUUUCGCCAGGCGACACAAAGCCGCAGUGGAGCAUUCGCGUUGGUUUUCUUGCUUUGGGUUGCGUUAGGACCGUGUAUGAUUGGAUCACAACUGAGUACUGGGAGAGUAUUCUGGGCCUUUUCUCGAGAUGGGGGGCUUCCAUUCUCGAAAAUUUGGGCCAAAGUAAACUCCAAUCUCGGCUCUCCAUUCAACGCCCAAUUAACAGUAACAACUAUAAUGGCGCUGUUAGGCUGUAUCUACCUUGGAUCAAGCACAGCUUUCAACGCUAUGAUGAGUUCUGCAGUAACAAUAAAUAACAUUGCCUACCUAAUCCCAAUUCUAACAAACGUCCUCCGUCGUCGGAAGACAAUGCAUCGUGGGCCGUUUGCUCUCCCGUACAUAGUCGGGAUGGUCGUGAAUAUGGUUACUGUUGCGUGGUUAUUGUUUGCAAUUAUUUUCUUCUCGUUUCCAUAUUAUAUGCCUGUUACUGCGUCGAAUAUGAACUAUACCUGUGCUUGUGUUGGGGGUUUCUUGGUAAUUGAGGUUGCGUGGUGGCUGAUAGCUGGGAAGGAGUAUUCGCGGAGUAUGCAGAAGGCGACAGAGUAUCAUCAGAAUUGGGAUGCUGAGGUUGCUACAAUGAUCGGAAAUGGUGGGAAGUAA